GGCAGACUUCCACUGCCAUCUCAGACAGGGAGACAUGAUGAAGCUCGUCACGCCCCACGUCAGUUUGGGCGGAAUGCAGCUCGCCUAUGUCAUGCCCAAUCUCAGUCCGCCCAUCACUACAACAGAACAAGCGAUACGAUACCGAGCAGAGCUCCAGGCACUCGCGCCCGAGAUCGACUUUAUGAUGACUCUCUUCCUCGCGCCUGCUCUGACACCCGACGAAAUCAGAAAAGCACACAAAGCGGGCAUCAGUGGCGUCAAGAGCUAUCCCCGAGGUGUCACGACGGGCUCAGAGGGAGGUGUUGAAAGCUAUGAGAAGUAUUAUGACGUCUUUGAAGCCAUGCAAGAAUGUGAUAUGGUCCUCAACCUGCACGGCGAAGUGCCGAGCAGUGAAGCUUCUGGCAUAACAGUAUUAAAUGCCGAGCCAGCUUUUCAUCGACAUCUCGAGGAGCUGCACGCUCGCUUUCCAAACCUCAGGAUCGUCCUCGAGCACGCGACGACAAAGGCCUCUGUCGACAUCGUCAACCGACUGGGUCCGACGGUAGCUUGCACUAUUACUGCCCAUCAUCUCGCGCUCGUCGUAGACGACUGGGCGGGCAACAACUUGCACUUUUGCAAGCCUGUUGCAAAGACCUACGAAGAUCGCAGAGCCCUGCGCGAAGUCAUCGCUAGCGGGAAUCGCAAAUUCUUCCUAGGCUCAGAUUCGGCGCCUCAUCCAUCGCUCUCGAAGCUGCCGUUACUAUCUCAAGAUGCUCAGGUCGCGCCGAAUGCUUGUGCUGCGGGUGUGUAUACAUCGCCGAUCCUCCUGCCGUUGCUUGCGCAUCUGUUCGAGACCGUCGAGCCGCGCAUACCCCUGGAGCGCUUGCCAGACUUUGCAGGCGGAUUCGGACGAUCGUUCUAUGCUCGUCCGGCGUCUCAAUCUGCUCACUCGGUACGCUUGCGGCGAGUCAACGCUAGCUCUGGCGUAUCCACAUCGGGUCAAGGAAGAGUCCCCGUCUCGUAUGAUGGACAGUCAGAAGCGCUUGGGCAGAUCAGAGUGAUUCCCUACUUUGCCAGCAAGACGCUCAACUUUGCAAUCGCAUCAUCCUAGACGCAGCUGGAGGCUGUCUGUCAGAGUUGUACAUUGCAUUGCAUUGGUUGACCGACAUCACUACCUUAUCC